UCCGAAUCUCCCAAUGUCCUUUCACCGGGGUUUUUUUUCCAUUUAUUUUGUCUGGUUCUGUUUGAUUAAAUUUAGAUCUAGGGUUCCGUUGUCUCUAUUAUUGACUUUUAUUUUGGGGGUUUUCCCCGUAUUAUGUGACGAUCAGACAUCUUUGAUCAUGUAUCUAGUCCCGGGAAAACAUUUUUCAUCCAGUUGCUUCUGAGGAGCUCAUUCAGGUCAUGGUUUCAUCAGCACAUUGUUGUGAAAAAACUAACUUCUUUGAUUCGACAAUCCAUCUCCAUGAAAAGGACCCUUCUUUCUUUUUAUCGAGAAAAAGACUGAAAGUAUCGCAUUCUGCACAUGACAACUCAGUGUCACACUUAUGUAUUGGCAAUUUUGAUGUUGCCUUGCCUUCACAGCCAAGCACCCAAGAGUGUACAUUGUAUGGCUCAGAGAUUGUUCAGGCCUCAUCUUGUUGCAAUUCUGAUGAGCAAGUUGGUUCAUAUUCUGCAAUGGAGAUGAGCUGCCGGUCUAAUGGCAAUACUGAUGAUAUUCUGCAAUCUUGUAAUAUUGGGGGGACUUUGAACCAGGACAGGGGUGGCUCUGGAUAUGCCCCUCCUCCUUUUGUUGGUGGAUGGAUGUACAUCAAUGAACAAGGGCAAAUGUGUGGUCCUUACAUUCAGCAGCAGUUAUACGAGGGUUUAUCUACUGGUUUUUUACCUGAUGAGCUUCCUGUGUAUCCUGUAGUGAAUGGGAAUUUAAUCAAUCCUGUACCGUUGAAAUACUUCAAGCAGUUCCCGGACCAUGUUGCCACAGGUUUUGCAUAUUUGAGUGCUGGCAUCUCAGCCACAAUAAGGCCUACAAAUUUGACUGCACACAGACAAGAUGGCACUGUUGAGUCUGCUGCUCUGGAUAAGGGUUAUUUGCAGUCAGCAUCCCAGCCAUGUGUCAGCCACAGUGUUUAUGGAUUUGACGGGCAAAUGCCAAACACUGAAGCAGCAAACUGCAGUACUUCAAAUCCACAUCUGUCAGGUGAAGCAUCGUGUUGGUUGUUUGAGGAUAGUGAGGGAAGGAAACAUGGGCCACAUUCUUAUGCAGAAUUAUAUUCUUGGCAUCAUUAUGGAUAUCUUAGCGAUUCAUCAAUGAUAUACCAUGCCGAAAAUAAGUGCGGUCCUUUCACUUUGCUAUCUAUGCUAAAUACAUGGCGAACUGAUAGACCUGAAACUAACCCCUUAUCUGAUGGCGAAAACAAUGAGACUGGUUCUUCUCUAAACUUGAUGUCUGAAAUUGCAGAAGAAGUUUCUUCCCAACUUCAUUCUGGAAUAAUCAAAGCUUCUCGCAGAGCUUUGCUAGAUGAGAUAAUCAGCAACAUAAUCGCAGAGUUUGUUGCUUCAAAGAAAGCUCAGAGACUGCGUAAGCUAGAAACUGCUAAUCAGACUUUCAACAUGUGCUCUGAUGGAAGAAUGUCUGAAAUUAUUGGCAGUAGGAAGAACUCUGUUGCUCCUGGAGGUGGAACAGCACUCUCUGACCAGACAUGUCUUAUAAAUGAAACUCCUAAAGAGUCUUCAGCAAAAAUCAAAUCUGUAGGAGGCAUAGAAAACUUUCAGCAUGCAUGUAUGGUUGUUUGCAGAACAAUUUUUGACUCUUGCAUGCAAGUCAUGUGGAAUGCCGUCUUUUAUGCUCCUGUUGCAGAAUAUUGCUCUACCUGGAGAAAGAGGAAGCGUUGGUCUGGUCAUCCUAGGAUCAUGCAUCCUGCUGUUGAACAGGCCAUGCUGUUUAGGGAUAAUGUUGAGAAGAGUGAAAAGCUAAUUGAUGAACCUUUGCAAGAAGAGCACGAAUAUUCUGUUUGUGAGGUAGACUGCCCUCCUGGAUUUGGACUGGUGAUGACGGACCAAGAUAUCCAUAUCCAAUCAUCUGUUGGUUUGUCUUCUUCUACUGUGGAAAGAAUCCCUUUUAAAGAGAAGAGACCAUCUGACAAUAGUCAACCUUAUGAUGACAUGCAAUGUAUAGUAGAAACUGUACAAAAUGAACUCCAGUUGUCUGCAAAGAUGAUGUUGGUGGAGUGUGUUGAAGCUUUCAUAGAGGAGGAAGUAAUGAAUCUAAUUGAUUCUUUUAAAGAUAAAAAAUUGAAAGAGGGUACUUCUGAUUUUUCUAUCCAAUGUCCCCAUGCUAAUGAAGAUGCUUCUUCUGACAUGGUUUCUGGUUUAAGGAUGGAAUCAAAUGUUGCAGAGAUGAUUUUAUCUGUUGAUUCUUGCACUCCACAACAGUCACCGACAGAUUUUCAUCUGCCUAAUAAUGCUUCUGUAUCUGUGUCUGAACAUUUUAUGUCCAAACUUAAUAAACUAUGCACAACAGAUGAUGUGGUUGAUGACCAAGACAUAGAUGAGCCACCACCUCCCGGAUUUGAGUACAAUUCUAGAACCUUUGUUCCAUCUCAAAUUUGUAGAUUCCGACCAUCAAGUUCAGAUGAGUGUACUCCUAUCAUUGGAGAAUAUGUAGCAUUGGCCUUGUGCCGACAGAGGCUGCAUGAGGAUGUACUUCAAGAGUGGAAAGACUUGUUGGUUGAAGGCACUCUUGAUCAGUUCUUUGCAUCAUGGUGGACUUCCAAGCAACGAUGUGAUUCUACUGGCUGUGAGGAAGGAGUCUCUAAUUCAAAUAAAGAAAAACCUUGUGACAGUUCUGCUGCAUCUGACCAACGUAGGGAAAGAACAAAGGAUCGUCACAGUUUGGGCUCUCCAGAAUUAUCUCUGGUGAUUGGCAAAUACACAUACUACCGGAAGAAAAAGUUGGUUCGCAAGAAGAUAGGAUCUUUGUCUCACGCUGCAGCUUCUGUGGACUCUGGAUCACAGGAUCAACUGAUGGAGAAGUCAAGGAAACAGGAUGUUCCUGGAGAUGUGUCUGAGAUAACAGAAGUUGAAAUGGGAAUCUUGAAACGUAGAAAGAUUGGGCUAAAUACAUGCCACGCAGAAGAUAAUUCAUUGCAAGCCAUUGUUCCAAGUACUUUGCCUGGUGAUUCCUCAUCUGUCAGGAUUAAACCCAAUCGAAGGUCAACAAAGUGUGCUCAUGUGGUUCGAAAUGGUGAGGUCAUAGAAGAUGAUCUAGCAUGUGGUAGAGAGGAAGCCUCACCUUUUGCAGAGGAUUGUGAUUUCGUUGAUAAAGUUGUUAAUAGUAAUGGUAAUGGUCAUGAUGUUGGAAAUCUUAAAGAACUUGCUGGUGAUGGCUCCAAAAAGACAAAAUCAACUAAGGUUUCAAAGAAGAAAAGGAAGGAUUUAAAGGAUGUCCCAUCAUCACGUUCUGCCAAGGUAUUGAAACCAGCAAAUGGUGCUGCCAAGCAAGAUACGGGUAGACAGGUUGCAGUACACAAGAGCAAGUUCUCUAAAUCCAAAACAUUAAAUCCCUGCCUCAGAUCUGUGGGAUGUGCUCGAUCUUCUAUCAAUGGAUGGGACUGGCGAAAUUGGUCACUGAAUGCCAGUCCCACUGAAAGAGCUCGUGUUAGGGGAAUUCACAAAGCUCAGUUUGCCUGUGAUCAGUAUUUUCGAUCUGAGGUUGUUUCAUCCCAAUUGUCAAAUGUUAAAGGUCUUUCUGCAAGAACUAACAGGGUUAAGAUGCGCAAUCUUCUUGCUGCGGCAGAGGGUGCUGACCUUUUGAAAGCUACUCAGUUGAAGGCGAGGAAAAAGCGUCUACGUUUUCAACGAAGUAAGAUACAUGAUUGGGGUCUUGUGGCUCUAGAGCCUAUUGAGGCUGAGGACUUUGUCAUUGAAUAUGUAGGAGAACUGAUACGCCCUCGGAUAUCAGAUAUACGUGAACGUCUUUAUGAGAAGAUGGGAAUCGGAAGCAGUUAUCUUUUUAGACUUGAUGAUGGUUACGUUGUUGAUGCUACAAAGCGUGGUGGAAUUGCUAGAUUUAUUAACCAUUCCUGUGAGCCUAACUGCUACACAAAGGUUAUUAGUGUUGAGGGUGAAAAAAAAAUUUUCAUUUAUGCUAAACGACAAAUAACUGCUGGUGAAGAGAUUACUUACAACUACAAAUUUCCUUUGGAGGAGAAAAAGAUUCCGUGCAAUUGCGGUUCUAAGAGGUGCCGUGGAUCAUUGAAUUAGAAAUUGUUGAGUUGGCUCUCGUGGCCAUUCUCUGAAGUUCUGCUUCUCAUGUUGUAGGGUUGACUGCAAUUGAUGUCAUAGUUUGAUACACUUGGAGGAGCUGGGAAAUUAAGUUUUAGAAUGCCCCUCAAUUGCCUCUGCAGCUGCUUGGUUUUCUUGGCUGUUGUGACUGUUGUUACAUCACGAGAUGGAAGAGUUGCAGCAGAGUUGUUAUUUGGUUAUGAAAUUUGGUGAUGUUUCCGAUUAGAGAUUUUUGCGUACCUGUCGGAUGAUAAAAUACUGACUUGUGCAUUCUUGUAGAUAUCUCACAGUUGCAGAUGAGUUUCUCCUCUUAGAAACAGUAAAUCGGUUUAUUGUUUUAGUUCCUUACAUGACCUUAUUGGAAUAUCAAAUUUUUUGUAUGGAUAUGCCAUAUUUCAUUUAUUCUAUAUAUACAAAUUAACUAUUUUACAUUGCAUGGGACUAGUGUUUGUAAAUUCUUAUUUCCAAUUGUGAAGACUUUUUAAUCC